GUGCUUUCUUUCACUUUCAUUUAGCUUUGCGACCCGCCAUCACAACUAAGAACACUUAAAGUUAUUUGGAGGUCACGCAAAAAUAUAACAGGUGAUUGAAAGCUGAAGUAGACUCUGAUAAUUCCAACAGAGUGACAUUAUGGACACUGAAGAAACAGAUGUGGAGUCCCUUAGGAGCAGCUGUAAAUAUCUGCCACCUGACAUUUCUGAGAUGAGGGUUGUCCUGCUGGGAAACAACUGGUCUGAGACGUGUUCUAUAGCAAACGUUCUACUGGAAAACCCUAUAUUUGUCAUAGAACCUAAGGAGUGUAUAAGAGUAGGCGGGCCACUUGGAGAAAAAAAACUAAUUCUUAUUAUUACUCCAGAUGUGUUGCAUCCCAACAUCUAUGAAAACAAUCUAACAAAUUUCAUAGAGGAUUGUUUGAGACGCUCUGCUCCUGGACCUCACGUCUUCCUGCUGGUUCUGAAGCCUGAAGAUUUCACAGAGGACCAGACAUUGAGGCUCUGCAGGGUCCUUGAAUCGUUCAGUGAACAAUGGUUUGAUCAUUCACUUAUUGUGAUAUCAACUCCUCAAAAGGAUGUAAUGGAAAAACACAUGAAUAAAACAGAAAUAAAGACCAUGAUCCAAAAAUGUAAACGCACAUACCCAAAAAAAGAAGUGGAACGUGCAGCGCUGUUAACUUCUUUGAGCCAAAUCAUAAAAGAAAACAAAGGUGAGCAUGUUGAAGUGUUUGUAGAUACCAUGGAGGAACACACAUCGAUAUCUGAUGAUCCAAAACAGGAAACACAUACUUCUAUUACAGCUGCUGUUAAAGCUGCCGGGCUUCAUGCUGUCAAUAAAAGCCCUCCAGACUCACUUGCAGAACAACACCCUUUAGAUAACAUAGCUACAUUCAGGAUUGUGCUCUUGGGAAAAAGCGAGGACAAAAAGACAAAACUUGGUAACUUCAUCGUCAAUGACCAUAACUCUCAAUGUCAAAAAACUAAAAAAUGUUUGGCAACUCGUGGACACUGGGGAGAAAAAUCAAUAACUGUGGUCAAAACAUCGGAUCUGUUCAGUUUGUCUGAGGUGACGCUCAGAGAAGAGGUGAAGAGCUGCAUUAGACUUUGUUCACCAGGACCAAAUGCUCUGCUGCUGUUAGUGAAACCAUCUGAGUUUAAUAAAAAGGACCAUCAGAAACUGAAGUUCAUCCUCAGUUUGUUUGGUCAACAUGCUAUAAAACACUCAAUGAUCAUUAUCACACAUGAGGGAAACGAAAUGAGCAUCCCUCUUAAUGAACUUCUAAAAGACUGUGAAGGAAGACAUUACAACAUGUUUGAAGACAACUAUGGAUUAUUAAUGGAGAAGAUUGAAGAAACAGCAAAUAAACCCAAUGAAAACCUAAAAACAGAACCCGUGAGAACAGAACCUCAGCCCAUCAGACCAGUUGUGAACCUGGUUCUGUUCGGUAGCAGAGCAGCAGGGAAGACAUCAGCGGCUGAGGCCAUUCUGGGUCAAACUGAGCUGGGUUCAGUGUCCAGCUCCUCUCAGUGUGUUAAACAUCAGGGAGAGGUGUGUGGACGUAGUGUUUCCCUGGUGCAGCUGCCUGCGUUGUCUGGAAAAGCUCCAGAAACAGUGAUGGAGGAGUCGUUCAGGUGCGUCUCCCUCUGUGACCCUGAGGGCAUCCAUGCUUUCCUCCUAGUUCUACCUGUGGCUCCCCUCAUGGAUGAAGACACGGCAGAGUUAGAGAGCCUCCAGAACACGUUCAGCUCUGAAGUCAAUGCCUUCACCAUGAUCCUGUUCACUGUGGACUCAAAUCCUACACACACUGCUGUUACUGACUUUGUCAGAGGGAACAAAUACAUCCAGGAGCUGAGUCAGAGAUGUGGAGGAAGAUGCUUUAUUCUCAACCUCAGGGACAAGCAGCAGAUUCCUGAGCUGAUGGAGGCUGUGGAGAAGAUGAGAAGUGAUGAAGACCAACCACGCUGCUACACAACUCAAACAUUUGUAUUCGGCAAAUACAAUGAGAAUUUAGAACUACAGAAAACCAUCACCAAGUUAAAGGCUGAAAUGGAGCAGCUGAAAAGAAAGACUGUAUUCAGUGAUGAUGAUGAAGAGGAACAGACCCCAGACUGUCUGAGGAUUGUGCUGAUAGGAAAGACAGGACGUGGAAAGAGUUCCUCAGGAAACACCAUCCUAGGAAGGCCACAGUUUAAAGCCAAGUCAAGUCAAACAUCAGUCACUAAAGAAUGUCAGAAAGCUCAGGCUGAGGUGGACGGUCGUCUUGUUGUUGUGGUCGACACUCCUGGUCUGUUUGACACAACUUUAUCCAAUGAAGAGGUCUAUGGUGAGAUGGUUAAAUGCAUCAGUCUUCUGGCUCCAGGACCACACGUCUUCCUGUUGGUGUUAGAAAUAGGCAGGUUGACCCCAGAGGAGAAGGAGACGUUAAAACUCAUUAAGCAAUUCUUUGGGAAUAAUUCACAAAAGUUCACCGUUGUUCUGUUAACUGGAGGAGAUAAACUGAAGAAUGAUAAUCAAUCUAUUGAAGAUUAUAUUAGAGUAGACUGUGACGAUUCCUUUAAGAUGCUGAUCAAUAACUGUGGAGGAAGAUACCAUGUGUUCAAUAACUUUGAGAAAACUGACCACACACAAGUCAGUGAGUUGAUCACCAAGAUCGAUGUCAUGAUGAAGAAAAAUGGCAACAGUUGCUUCACAAAUGAGAUGCUGCAAGAGGCUGAAGCAGCAAUAAAGAAAGAAAUGGAGAGAAUCCUGAAGGAGAGAGAGGAAGAGAUGCAGAGAGAAAGGGAGGAGUUUGAAAGGAAACACAUCGAAGAAAAAGAAGCUAUGAAAAAAAGAAUGGAGAAAGAGAUGGCAGAAAUAAACGAGGAGAGAAAACUGAGAAUUAAACAGUUGAAGAAAAUGGAAGAAAACAUUGACAAGGAGCGAAAGCAGAGGAAAAAAGAACAGGAAGAAAGAGAGGAAGAAGACAGGAAGAAAAAAGUACAGGAGGAACGUCAGCAACAGGAAUGGGAAGAAAGACACAAAGAUUUGGAAGAAAAAAUAAAAAAGGAAACAAAGGAAAAAGAAAGUAUUGAUAAUGAAUUAGUGCAGAAUAGAGAGAAGAUGAGGAGAGAACGAGAGGCCUGGGAGGACGAACGGCAGAAGUGGUGGGAGAAACGAAAGCAAGAAGAUGAACAGAGACGACAAGAGGAGGUGGCAAAACAAAAAGAGUAUGAGCAGGAAAAGGAGAACUAUGAAAAAAAAAGAAAGGAAGAGGAUCGAAUCAGACAAGAACAUGAGGAGAAGGAGAGAAAGGAAUUGGAGGAAAAGUAUCAAAAGAUGUUGGAGGAGAUGAAAAACAAAUAUGAAAAUGAGGCUAGAAAACAAGCAGAAGAGUUCAAUGAGUUCAGAGACAAAUACACAAAAGACCUUGAGGAUCUGAGGGAAAGACAUGAUGAGGAACUCGAUUCCCUGAAACAACAACAUGAGAAAGAAAUGAAUGAGAAACAAACAACACACGACAACGAGUACAGUCUGUUACACGAGCUCUCAACUCACAAAGAACAUGAACUAAAAGAGGAGCUGCAAAAAACGGAAGAAAAACUUCAAGAUGAAGUUAAAGAAACAUCCAAACUAAACAAUGAAAUUAAGCAACAAAAAAAAAGACAAGACAAAGAAUUGAAGGACUUAAAGAAGAAACAUAAAAGCGAAAUAAAUCUUUUGGAAGAGAAAUACAAAAAGAAAUGCACUAUCUGCUGAUGACCCAGAACACAACAUUCCUUAUUCUAACACAAGAAGGAACCAAAGAGGUCCGAGUGCUUCAUGUGAUAAAUGUCUCAGAAUGUAAAGACGUUAACAGUCCACAACCUUAUCUGCAUGUUUAGUUUAAGUUUCUCAUCUAUGAUACUUUAUUGUAUAAAUUACAUUCAUUAUGACUUCA